CCCAGCUUGGCUCGAUGUACUGAUGGGGCACCUCACGGGCGCCAUUGCUGAGUCGAGAGCACUUUGCGACACCAUCGUUGCGCUCCGUCGUGAUCAUCACGUCACGACUGUCACCAAGCUGGUCGUAGGAGGCGCUACACCAACAUUCAGCUCAGCCUGCACCACUCAAGUUGCGGAGAAGCUUAAAGCUCUCUCGCCAGCCCAGGCUGUGGCGUCCGCUCAAGCCCAAUCCUUUUCCAUUCACAGCACUAGCAAUAGUAGCAAUGCAGGUGACGUUAAGAUCCCGGACAAGAAAUCCGGUGCCGCCAAGACUACAAUAACUGCAGCAGAAUGCUAUGUCGACGUUAUCAUCAAAGAGGAACCACGGCCUUCAUCUUUCAUUCUAAAGAAAACUCAAAAGGAUGACCUAUAUGGUCGAUUUAGAAGCACGUUGGAUAUACAGCCUGGCACACUUGCGAAGAAGGAAUGCAAGACAGACCUUCCAUCUCAAGCACAGCCACAACCUUCCACCGGAGCUGUCAACUAUGGAAGUCUCCACCGUGUUUUCCAACACGAAUAUAAUAUACUCCUUCGACGAACCCCGAGAUUUGAUUCGGUAGUUCCUAUAGACGAAAAGGAAGGAAGUCUAUUACCGUCUCGCGAUCUAGGCUUCCGACCACAUAUCAAUCGCGGUCUCGGCUACGUAUUUUGGCUUAACAUAUUGAACUUGUUUUCAUUGUUUUCGUGCGAGUUCGAGGAGCCGAAAACAGCGUCCUUCAACUUGGUUCCAGGGAGCAGAAAAAGGGAUAUCGACAUAGCAAAGAUAGUAAUCGGUUGCACGUGGGGUAGUGGUGCGGCCGACGCUAAGCUGGGAGACGGGUGGGUAGCACUGGACUCGAGCGACUUAGUAGUAGAGUGUAUCUGUGGGAGACAUGCGGCCCUCAGUGUUGAGACCGCUUACAAUGGCGGCAUGUCGCGCCGGGUGAUCCGGCCACAGCACUGUAUCCCCGGUUUAUCCCGUAAAUAUUUCGCAAGCACCAUGGCUCAUUAUGGCUCAUCAUGA